AUGGAGCCCCCGGCCCAGUCCCCCCGCCGGGACCCCCGGACCCCCGGGAUUUUGCUGCUCGCCCUGUUGCUGGGCGGCCCCCCAGGUGCCUGGGCAGAUGUGCAGGUGACUGUGCCCCCCAUGGUGGAGGUGAUGCGGGGGGCCCGGGCCACCCUGCCCUGCACCCCCUCUGCCUCGGGGUCCCAGAACUAUCAGUUGUUGGAGUGGUUCAUUAUGGACCGUGUUGGUGCCCGGCAGCGGGUGGCCUAUGCCCAGGGCUCGUGGCCAGCUAUGACCGGGCAGGUGGACCGGAGCACCGAGCUGAGUGGGCGAGUAGAGCUGGACUCCCAGGGGGGCCUGGUGCUGCCCAAGGCCAGAGUGAGCGACGCACGGGACUUCCUGUGCCAGGUCGGGGCGGGCACUGAGGGCAGCGCCGAAGGCACCGUUCACCUUCACGUCUACGCUGUCCCCGAGCCCCCUGAGGUCACAUAUAACAAGGGGAUCCUGUCGGUGACGGAGGGGACUGUGCAGGAGAUUGCCAGCUGUUUAAGCCGAAAUGCCAACCCCGCACCCAAUAUCACGUGGUAUCGGAACGGAGAGCUCCUGCAGGUGCCUACCGAGAUUAAUGGAGAGCGCUACGCUGUUCCUCGCACUGUCCGGGAGGCUUCGGGCCUCCUCUCACUCUCCAGCUCCCUCUACCUCCGGCCCACCAAGGCUGACCGCCAGGCCACCUUCCACUGUGCCGUUCACUACCCGCUGCCCCAGGGCCGGAUUGGAAAGCAGACCUCCGCUCCCUUCAAUCUCACCCUGCACUACCCUACAGAGCACGUGCAGUUCUGGCUGGACAGCCCAGUGGUCUGGAACACCUGGGUCCAGGAAGGGGAAGAUGUGCAUCUGGUCUGCAAGGGAGACGGGAGUCCCGAACCUGAGUAUAUCUUCUCCCGCAUCCAGGGCAAGGAUGAGCAGGGGCUGAAGAAUAACUUUGGAGGGCGCCUAGUCCUCGCUCAAGUGCAGCGGGACCAAGGAGGGACCUACCAGUGUGAGGUCCUGGAUUUCGACUCCUCUCCCGAAGUCCAGCUGACCCACAACCUUAGUUUCCGAGUGGCCUACAUCGAGCCCCUGAAACUGAGUCCGGUAAGUGACGAGGUGACUGUACCCCUGGGACAAGCUGUGGAGCUGAGCUGCUCUGGCCACGGGGAGCCGGCCCCUGAGCUGCGCUGGACCAAGGACUCGGUGGCGCUCCCUCCGGGACCCCUCCUCUCUCUGUCUUCGGUGUCCUUUGACUCGGCGGGCACCUAUGUCUGUGAAGCCUCCAUCCCAGAUGUGCCCGGGCUCAACCGCUCCCAGACCCUGCAGCUCCUGGUCACAGGGAAGCCGGAGAUUAAGGAGGAGGCGGUAGAGCGGCUGGAGAAGGCAGGAGAGUCCGAGCAGGUGUGGACUGAGCAGGUGUGGACUGAGGGCGACGUGGUGACCCUGAGCUGUUCUGCCCGGGGUCACCCAGAGCCUCAUCUGAGUUGGAACCAGCCUGGGGGCACGCCAGCCGUGCGGGCCCCCGGGCUGGGCACCUGGGUGACCAGCUCCCUGAAGCUGACGGUGACAGCUGCCGUGGCCCGGGAUGGGGUGACUUGUGAAGCCCAGAACCCCCAUGGGGUCACGAAGCGACUCUUCCACAUCAGGGUUGAAUCCCCCACAGCUCCCCAGGCUGGCGUGGCAGUCAUCGCUGUGGCGGUCAGCGUGGGCAUCCUCCUCCUGGUUGUUGCUUUCUUCUACUUCAUGCAGCGCCGUCAUCGGCUGCCCUGUGCCAGGGGCGAGAAGGGGACCCCGCCUCCACAGGAUGCGGAACCUGGCUGCCCUGGGGCAGAGCAGAGGACGGAGCAGACCGGGCUCCUGGUUGGGGCCCCCGGAGGAGUGGGAGCUCACAAUGCCUUUGGGGAUGAGUGCUAAUUCCCAACAGGCCAAGGACCUAAGCCUCCACUCGUCCCAACUUCCAGCCCUGCCCCGGGUCACUCACACUGGACCCCUCCAUCCCCCCCGUGUGGGGGGGAAUUAUGGGGGCGCAGGAACAAUCUUGAGCUCUGACUCCCCUCCCCCACCCGCAAACACAGUCCCCGCCCCCUCCCCUCCUUCCCGCCCCCGCCUUCCCGCUCCCGGCCUCUCCCUCUAUUUCCUUCCUGAAUUUGGGAACACAGGACCGGGCAUUCAGGAACAUAGGACCGGGCAUAGGGAGAGGGGUGCGUGGUGGGGGAGGGCUCCAGUUGGGACCUUUUCUAAAGGGCCCUCCCUUCCCCCGCUUUUCCCUCCCUUUCUUCCCCCAGCCCCAAAAUAGCCCCCAGCUCCCGGCUUGGGGCCCCAGGGAGAAGAUAGAGGGGUUGUCAGGGCCUAUUUUUAUCCCACCAACCCGGAGUAAGGAGCAGAGCCAAGCCCCCCUCCUCCUCUUCGGCAGUCCCCACCCCAGGAGUCUACCUUCCCUCCCCCUCGCUGCUGUAUCACACUGGAUCUCUAAAGUCUUCGACACUGGAUUUUCCAUCCGGAGCCAAUAAAGUUGGUUUCUCCUGUA